AGCUUUAAGGUCCCUUCCAACCCAAAUCCCAAUCUGGGAUUCCUUGAAUUUCUAAUUCCCAGCUCAGAGGGCACAUCCCAACAGCUUUGUGAGGAACGCUAACAGAACAGUCCCAGGAAUGCAAGAAGAGGCUUCACAUCACAGCGAUUUCUAAGCUGGAUGUCAUUUUUCUGUUCCUCUUGUCCAGCCUGAAGCACAGCUCAGCACAGGGAGAAGCUCACGGGAGUAUCCCCAGGAUCUUCUGGGAUGUUUGGCUUGUGGCACGUGAGGAUUUUACUAGCAAUGACACAACUGCUCUUCGAUAUCUAUUUCCUGCUAUAAACAAUUCCAUAUAAAGCAUUUCAUAGAAACACAUUUUGUUAUGCAAACACACUAAAAGAGGAAAAACAAUGUGAGUAUAUAAACUGACUGCAAAUGAUUAAUGUGGCAGUAAUUAGCCAGAGGAGCAUUAAUGGGCUGUGAGCAAUUCAGAUAAGCACAAGGCACAUGCCAGCCAGGGAGCAUCACUCGUGACACCAGAGACAAAGCGGAGCCGGAAUCAGGGCUUGGCUGAAAACGUUGUCAGUGGAGGACAACAAAAAACUGUUUUUCCAGCACAAAAGACAAAAGGCAGACAAGUCACCUUCCUUCCUUAAGUCACCUCCCAAACCAAAUCAGUCUGGGAUUCCGUAACUCUUGGAAAUAAGGGUUAAAGAAUAAUCAUCCACAGAGGAAGGAAGAUUUCAAAGCCUUGACCACAUACACUAGACAAGUUCUAAAUUAGGAGGGCAGUUGAUGACUGAAUCGUUUCUGCAGAAGGGUGUAAUGAGGGGGUGGGAAAACCUCAAGGAGAGAAAUAAAGGGAAGUUGGGCUUUCUCACCUCAGAAGAUUAAUUUUGCUUCUGUUUUCUCAUGGUGAGUGAGAACCAUCCAGUGUCUGCCCAGCCUCGUGACUCUGGGAACUGCACAUUUAGAGAUGGUUCCAGUAUUGCCCACAGACUUUGCCCAAAGAAGUGAUAACUCUCCUUGAGCCACCUUACACCUCCUUGAGCCACCUUACACCUCCUUGGAAGCCCCAAACUUGCUGUGUCCAUGCCCAGCUUGAACCAGAGCUGCCCUUUUCCCCCUGAUGUGGCUCCCUGGUGCUGGGAAGGGCAGAGGAGGAGCAUCUCUGGCUGGUGCAGAGUGUGUUUGCUUCCUCCUCAGGCUGGAAGUGACGCUGCUUUUCCACCUCUUCCCACCCAGCACCCACCCGUGCGUGGGGUCCGGGGCUGGGGCCUCGGGGGAUUUCUGGCAUUCCUCAAAAGGGGAAGGAUGGCACCUUCUCCUCUGCAGGGAAGCCCAGUCAGCGAGUUUUGGCUCAGGCAGAUGGGAGCAAGCUAUAUAAAGCAAGCAGAGCUGGCUGCAGGGCACUGCAAGCCAGCAGGGCUUUCCCAGGGUAAGUGGGGAUGGAGGAUUGCUUUCCCUCUUUUCCUCCUUUCACCAGGAGCUGUGCAAGUGCCAUGCUGGGAAGCAGGAUUGAAGGAGAUGCUGCUGAGAUGCCAGCCCAGAAGAAGAGCAGCCCUUGAGGGCUGAACAUCCCUCCAAUUUUUCUCCCUUUCUCCUGAUUCUGCUUUUCUCCACCUCUCCCCCAUCUGAUUCCCAUCGCUUCCCAUCCCUGAUGCUUUGUACUGAGACAAGGGGGCAUCUUUACCCCCUCAUUGCUCCUACUCCCCAGAGAGAGGGAGAACCUCUGCUCCUGGAUGAUGAGGAAAGAAAGAAGGGGUUGGUAUAACAGAGAAUGGUUUGGUUUCCUCUCCCAGAGCCGUCAGAAGGAUGAACUCUCUCCUCGGCCUCUCCGUGCUCUUUGUGUGGGGCUUGUCCCCAGCCCACGGGAGCCUCCUGCAGCUGCACCAGAUGAUCUCAGAGGCGACAGGGAAAAACGCUUUUCUGUACUACGGCUUCUACGGCUGCUACUGCGGGCUGGGGGGCAGGGGGCAGCCCAAGGAUGCCACAGACAGAUGUUGCCAGCUGCACGAUGCUUGCUACCACAGCCUCCUGAGGCACGGCUGUGAUGCCAAGGCACGCUCCUACUACUACAGCUGGCACCACGGCAGGCUCUCCUGCGGGCAGGGCUCCCGGUGCGACUUCUUGUCCUGCGAGUGCGACCGCAGCCUGGCGCUGUGCCUGAGGAGAAACGCCCGGAGCUACCAGAGACGCUACAGGUUCUACCCCAACUGGCUGUGCCGGUGAUGGGAGCUGGGAUGCGGCCCCGAAACGCCAGGAGCCACCAGAAACGCUACCGAUUCUAUCCCAACAAUCUGUGCCCGUGAUGGGAGCUGGGAUACGGUGCGAGAUCGCCCUCCAUCCCUCUGCCUGUGCUGGCCACAACCAGAGCCGCUGUAAAUUAAACCAGCGCGGAAAUAAACAAUGUUCUUGUUCAACGUCCCCGGUCCUCUGAGAGCUGCUGCUGCUGGGCAGGGAGAGAAAUCCCCGUAAAUAAUCAACAUCUUCCCAAAACUUUCCAAGAACUCGGGCUCGGCCCCUGCGUCACCCGCGGCAGAGGGGGCUGGCCGGGGGAAGGGGCGUAGCACUCCCGGCUUUGGGACGGACGAGUCCUCCUGGAGCUUCCAGUCGGGCUGCGCACGGAGGGCAGGCUCUGCCCGGCAGGACAGACGGACAGCGAGCAAGGGCCCCGGUGAGCAGUGCCCCCAACUCCGCUGCUGUGGGGAGAAAAAUCCGGGGGGAUGUAGGGAGGCGGCAGCGAGCGGCCCGUGCCGGUGGGAAAAGUGAAAUCGCUUCCAAAGGCAAAAGGUGCGGGGCUGCCCUGAGCGGGGAGAGCUGCGCUGGAUGCCAAAAGUGAUGGGACGGGAGCUGGGAGGUGCUGAGGAGUGGCACAGGAGGUGAGAGAUGCUGAGAGGUGGGACAGGAGCUGGAGGAUGCUGAGGGGUGGCACAGGACCUGAGAGGUGGGACCGGAGCUGAGAGGUGCUGGAGGGGUGGCACAGGAGCUGGGAGGUGCUGAGGAGUGGGACAGAAGCUGGGGGAUGCUGAGGGAUGGCACAGGAGGUGAGAAGUGCUGGAGGGGGGGCACAGGAGGUGAGAGAUGCUGAGGGGUGGGACAGGAGCUGGGAGAUGCUCAGCAGGUGACACCACUCACUCUCGGCCAAGAGGCAGCAAGGCUGGUGCGAGGGGGCACAGCUGCUUUCCUCCCUCCAGAUUUUGGGGUUGAUCCGAUUUCAGAGGAAGCUUCUCACGGCUGCUCCUAUCAAACUCCACGCUGCCUGGCUGAGCCUGCCCCCUGUUUCUCCUCCCAGGCCCAGGUGAGAGGAAGAUGAAGGUCCUGCUGGUGCUGACGAUGCUGUUUGCCUGCAGUAAGUGCAUCCCCGACCCACAGACGGGAGCCAGGCUCAUCCCCAAACUCCUGUGCACUCCUCAGGGGGACUCCCAGCAAAGCCUCCUUCCCUCCCCAGUUCCCCAGGCCUCACAACUCAUAACAGGCACAUAACUCACAAAAAAACAAAUCACAUUUUACGGUCACUCUAGGUGUGUUCACAGCGCACGGGAAGCACCCACGUCCGUUCACACCGGGACUCGAGGGAAGCACCGUGGGAAACCUGACUGCGCAUGGAUGCUACAGGGGAUGGGGCACCUCGAGGGCUUCGGUGGAUCGGUACAGGCAACGCUGCCCCAGAGGGCUAACGCUGCUCCAGAGGGCUAACACCGGUCCCACAGGGCUAACGCUGGGUAACCCAGGGGCUCUGCACCACCCCAGCAGCCCCCGCUGAAGCUUUGCAAAAUGCAGACCGGGUGCUUGGCAGCAGCAGCAGGAAGGCAUCGGGUUUUGGGGAAGCAGGGAAGGUGAUGCAGGGCUCACCCCUAACUCCAUCCCGGAGAGGGUGUGCCCGGUCCGUGGGAUGGCACCAGAGCAGGGGGACGUUCCUGGAGCCGGGAUGCGGGGCAGGGCUUGCAGGGGGGAGCAGAGGCUUGGCGUGGGAACGGGCAGGACAGAGGAGGCUCUGGGCGAUGCAGAGCAGGAGGAGGCAGAGCUGGCAGAGCCUGUGUCGGCAGCCGGUGCCACACGCAGGAAAUGGAUUUCUCGGCUGUCCGGGUGCCACGCUCCCGACGAGG